CGAACACUUCUUCCAGUCGGGCAAUGAUCAACAGCUUGUGAGUGGCUGAGUAGAGAAAAUUGGCUUCUAACACUUGGAUUGCUGGAAUCUCUGUCACUGCCAUCAUGAAUGAUAUCAAACUUGCGCUCCUUGGAAGUGAGGGAGUUGGAAAAUCAGCUGUCCUGGUAAGGUUCCUAACAAAAAGAUUUAUUGGAGAGUAUGCCUCAAAUUCAAAUUCCUUAUAUCAUAAAAGGCUAUCGAUUGAUGGAAGACAGUUGAAUCUGGAAAUAUUUGAUCCAUGCUCCCAGAGCACUGAAAGUCGAUGCAUAUUGGAAGAACCUGUGGAAUGGGCAGAUGGUUUUAUUGUGGUUUAUAACAUCAGUGACCGUGCAUCUUUUCUCAAUGCCAAAAACAUUGUGCGCCAGAUCAAAGAAGCACGCAUUGAAAACUGCAAAGGUGAAGUGGAAGUCCCCAUCUGCCUGGUUGGAAACAAACAGGACUUGUGUCACGCCCGGCAGGUCUGCGAAGAAGAAGCUCACUCGCUUGCCCUGGAAAACAAAUGCCACUUCCAAGAAGUGUCUGCAGCAGAACACUAUCAGGAAAUCCUGACCAUGUUCAUCAAGCUGAUCCGGAACGUGAUGGACCAUCUGAAAUACAGAGCGGACCGCCGGAGGUACAGCGGGUCCAAGUCCAUGGCCAAGCUCAUAAACAAUGUCUUUGGCAAGAGAAGAAAGUCAGUAUGAAAAAUGGCUACCGCAAAGUUCACUAGAAAAAUUCAACCUCUGCUUGCGUUCUUACAGGGGCUGUGGAAAACAGAUACAGUUGUAGUCAAAACUUUACUUACCCCAAUGGAAAAUUAUAAUUUCUGGAAAUUUCUCGAAAACAAAUAAUUAUAGGAUAAAUCUUUUGUAGCAAAAGUUUUGCGUUUGUGGAUGAAGAACAAAAGAUACAAGAAAUAGAUGUCUACAAUUAUUUAUUUCUGGAAUUGUUUUGCAAAACUCCAAAAAUGCUAAUUCCAAAGUAUUCAUACCCUGACAAGGAAAAUGAAAUGAACAGCUAGUUGAGGCACCUUUAGCAAUAAUAACCUCUUUUAAACGAUUAGGAUAUUUGUCAAUUAGCUUUUGGCAUGAUUCGUUAGUGAUUUUUGACAAUUCUUGAACACACAAUUGUUCCACUUCAUUCAAAUUCCGAGGACUUCUCUUGUGCACCGCCUUCUUCAACUCAUACCAAAUAUUCUCAAUCAGGACUUUGACUGGGCCAUUCCAGAACCUUGAUUUUAUUCUUCUUUAACCAUUCUGAAGUAGAUUUUGAUGUGUGCUUUGGAUCGUUGUUGUGUUGGAACGUCCAGUUGCGCUUUAAACCAAGUUUUGUAGCAGAGGGUUUCAUUGGAUUGGCAAAUAUCUUUUGGUAUGCUAUGGAAUCCAUUUUACCAUGUAUUUAACUAAAUGUUCUGUGCCAUUAGAGGAAAAACAGCUCCAUAGAAGGAUAUUACCACCUCCAUGCUUGAUAGUAGGUAUGGUGUUCUUUUUUUGUACGCCUCACCAGACUUUCUCCAAAUGUAAUGACUAUCAGUGUGACCAAACGCUUGAUUUUUGUUUCAUUACUCCACAAAACCUUUGACCAGAACUCAUAUCCAUCACUCAAAUGUCGUUUUGCAAACUUUAAGUGAUUGUCCUUGUGACGUUUUCCUAAGAGUGGCUUUUUCCUUGGCCUGCGACCAUUGAGACCUUCACCAUGCAAUACUCGACCUAUGGUUGAAAUGGAAACCCCAGUCCCACUUGCAGCCAAUUCACUUUGACUAUCUUUGGCAGUCAAUCUCGGAUUGUUAUUAACCUUCCUCACAAUUCUUCUACUUGUUCUUGGUGAAAGAACCUUCUUUCUUUCAGACUGUGACAGUACCAUGAGUAUUGUACUUCUUGAUAAUAGAAACAAUAGUUGAAAUUGGGAUACUCAAAUGCUUGGAAAUCUUCUUGUAUCCUUCUCCAGCUUUAUGACAAUAAAUAAUUUUCUUCAGAUAGCUCUUUAUGUUUUCCCAUAAUGACUUAUUGGUAAUGACAACAAUCACCCUAUGCCUUACCCUUUAUACUCUCUAAGAAUGUUCACUACAAUCCAGCAUUUUCUAGACUUUUCUAGAAUUAGGUUCUGCAUUAUCAUAUUGAAAUUUCUAGCACCUUGUAGACAAAACUAUCAUAGCAUAUCAAAGGACAUGAAUGCAAAAAAAAAUAUUAUUAUUGCUAAAGGUGCCUCAACUAGCUGUUCAUUUCAUUUUCCUUGUCAGGGUAUGAAUACUUUGGAAUUAGCAUUUUUUAAGUUUUGCAAAACAAUUCCAGAAAUAAAUAAUUGUAGACAUCUAUUUCUUGUAACUUUUCCUCAUCCACAAAAGCAAAACUUUUGCUACAAAAGAUUUUUCUUAUAAUUAUUUGUUUUCCAUUGGUGUAUGUAAACUUUUGACUAUACCUGUAUAUCUGGAUUAGGAGGAGGUCACUCAUAAAUAUGCUGAUGUAAUGGUAAACACUCCCUAAUUCCUUUGCAAAACAAAAAGAUGUUCCCUUGAGUCAAAGAUCUGCAAUCCAAUAUCUUAAUGCUUAAUACUAGAAGAUAACCACAAAUAAGCCUUUUGUACAUACGUUUUCUAUUCACAUGCCACUCAGCGGGAUUGAGUGUUCCAUAUUAGGUUACUCAAACAAUAGAGCCCUGAUUGGAAAGCAUUACCGGCUGUUAGUUGGCUGUGUCAGGAAGUACAAAGUCAACAAUCAGGGCUGUGAUUAGAAAUCAGUAAUCAGCGCCGUUAUCGUUAGCUUAAACAUUUUUAAAAUUAAAGAUUUGUUUACCUUUUAAAUGUUUGCUUUCCUUCCCUGAUUCAUGUUUUAAGCUAAACAUUUAUUCUAUCUGAAUGUUCCAUGGUCACCCACCAUGUGACAUUGCCCCUUUUUUUUUGUUUAUCAGAUUGGCAACUGUUUGUGAAAUUGUUGGGUGCCAGAAUCUGCCAACUGUAUACAAGUUGGGCACUGGUAUACAUGACCGGCAUGGUGGCCAGCAAUAAAAUGCUGGCAGACAGUGCUGCUAAAGAUGUCCACAUUAUACAAUCCUGUUGGCUGAUUUGGUUGCUACAGUGGCUGUCCAUCAAAAUCAUCUCAGAUGGACAUGGCUACAGAAUCUUAGUUCAGUUUUCAGCCUGCAUCAUUGUGGUACCUGUUUCGGCCUAAUAGGAUAGAUAUACAAGCAGGUUGACAUACUAACAUAUUCAGAUGGAAUAGGACUACAAUACAUGUUAUACCUGUUGUUUCUAAACCUAGAUCUAUCCUAAUUACAUGCUCAAUGGAACACUUAUCUAAUCCCCUUCCCAGGUCCAAUGUAGCAACAUGGAUGUAUACAGUAGACACACACUACAACAUUUUCUCUCGGUAAACUGUAAAUAGACCACUAUGUUAUGUUUAUAAUCCAAAUAAAAAAGCUAAAGGAAUAGCCCAGGUAUAGUAUAUUUAAGAUAUUCUGUUAAUUAGUAUUCACAACAUUUGACUGAAAAAUAUCGCUUUUCGCUAAUAUUGUUAUAUCAACAUUAUAUAAUUGAUAUUACAAUUGUUUGUUUCUUGUAACCAACCAAAGUGUUGUUAAAUCUGUAUUAAAGCCUUUUUAUACCAAGUGUUUUUCAUUUGUUGGG